AUGAAGGCAACCACAUCUUCGGCAUCAACUGUCGUCUCGAAAGACAGAUUGAGCAUUUUUGAUGAGAAAACUCGAAAAAUCAUCGAGUCGGACAUGAUCAAAAUGCAUGGAAAAAACUAUGGGACAACAAAAACGACGAAUGCGGAGAAAAAGAAGAAUAAUAAGAAAAUUAAUCUGGUGGGCAUCCCAAAAGGCACUGAGGAGCAGGACAUAUAUGCGAAAAUGAUGAUGAGAAUGGUGGAAAAUAACGAGAAAUUCGAGAAUAAGGCGUUGGAGAGGCUGAUGAACGUUCUAGACGACGUUACGACGUCUUCUGAAGGAUCAGAAUCUCCGGUAACGUCAUCUGAAUCUCAGCAGCCGCUGCCACGUCAUCGAAUAAAAAAUUUAGAGGAACUGAGAAGAGAGCAUCUAGCAUCAUCUCCAGCUGUAUCUACUACAGUAUCCAAGAAGGAGGAUGAUAAUGACAUUGCUCAGCUUAAUUUGAUUACUGUAGUUGUUCCUGUCGUUCUGGCUGAUUUUUUUUGGAUUUUUCUAGAUUUUUCAAGAAUUUUUUUUGGAAUUUUUCUCCUUUUUUCCCCUUUCCGCCUAAAUUUUGUUUUUUUUUGCCCGAAAAAAGAGGAUAAAUUUGAAUUUUUGGAAUUUUUAACACAUUUUCACCCGAUUUUCAUCGAUUUUAACAGGUUUUCGUCGAUUUUCAGUGAUUUUUCAGCCAAGAAAAUGAUGAAUCCAUCAACGAUGAUGCCCUCACGAGGCUCUCGACGAAACAUCGAUGAAGUGAUGUGUCGAGCGGCGGCGCAUGCGAAAAAAGAGGAAUUCUUCAAGCAGGGUGGCUUUGAAUUCCAAUCGCUGGCCGGACAUAUUCUAGAGAGUUCUUGUAAACAUUCGAAAGAAAUUCAGGAGCCAAAUUGCUUGAAAUGCAAAUACGACAAGGAACUUGCGCUCGACGAGCUUCCCGAGAUGGUAUUCGCACGGAACUGCCUCCGCAUUCACUUCCAAUCGACGGGAUUCAUCGAAUUCAACACCCUCGACGCGCUGAAAAUGGUGAUUUCCGAUCGUCUGCCCGAUGUGCAGGUCGGCGCGUCGUCGGCGUGGCAAUCGUCACGAAAGGAUCGAAUUCAGGAGAUUCAGAAUCAUCAGAAGCCGUUUGAUUGGACAUUCACCACACAUUAUAAGGGAACGGUCAAUGGGUUGAAGGUUGAAAAACGGGAAAAAUGGGAUUUUCGAAAAAAUUCCGCCAAAAAAUCACUGAAAAACUAG